GAGAGAGGUGGGGUUGUGCGGACUGGGGCCCACUGCUCCAUGUGCCCUUCCGCCUGUCUCCACCCGCUCCUGCCGCUCAAUGAUUAGAGUUCUCUUUUUCCCUCCCAACCCACACACUUCAUUUCUCUCUCUUCUCUCUCAUACACAGACACACUGCGAUCGCCAUCAACAAGCGCACACCAGCUCAUCUUAGCAAAGCUAAGCUCUUUCUUCUGUCUUUCCAUCUCUUUCUCUCUCUAGAGGCAUAGACACACACAUCGCAGAAGAAGCAAAGAGAUGUCGACUACCGACGGUGCGACUAACGGUGCGACUAACGGGGCGCUCAUGGACCCGCAAAGACAGCAGCCACCAGGUAACGGAGCUCUAGCGGUGAAGAAACCACCGGCGAAGGACCGGCACAGCAAGGUCGAUGGACGUGGACGUCGCAUACGCAUGCCGAUCAUCUGUGCUGCUAGGGUGUUCCAGCUCACUCGGGAACUGGGCCAUAAAUCCGACGGUCAGACGAUAGAGUGGCUUCUCCGUCAAGCUGAGCCGUCCAUCAUCGCCGCCACCGGCACUGGGACCACUCCCGCUAGUUUCUCGGCCGUGUCAGUCUCGGUGAGGGGUUCAUCCGGUACGUCCGUUUCGGCGUCGCUUGAUCAGAAACCCACGCCCCCGAUGCUGGGGCCUACACCGUUCAUACUGGGUAAGCGACUCAGGACGGACGAUGAUGCGGACGACGGCGCAAAGGAUGAUGCCACUGCGGCCGCUGCUGCAGUUGCUGUGGGGCCCACGGGUGGCUUCUGGGCACUUCCGGCGAGGCCGGAUUUUGGUCAGGUUUGGAGCUUCGCGGCCACACCGGAGAUGGUGGUGCCCACGCCGGCUGCGGUGGCCGUCGCCUCUCAGCAGUCCAUGACGGGGAGGUUCCCGCAGCAGCCUAUCGGAGAGGCGUCGGCGGCGAGGGUUGGUAAUUAUCUGCCGAUUGCGCAGGGGCAUCUGAACUUGCUCGCUUCGUUGUCUGGUGCCCCGGCGUCGUCGGUGAGAAGAGACGACGAGCAUCGUUGAUUUUGAUUGUGUGUAUUCGUGUGUUCAUGAGGCGAACUUUUAGGGGUUAGAGUUAGGGUUCUUAGUUUGGGUGAUUCAGGGAACAAUUAGGGUUUGGGGAAUUUGAAUGAACUACGAAAUCCAAUCAACUAGGGUUUUACUACGUUGCUUACUUAUCCUUCUCUGUUCAGUGGAAAAUUAGGGUUUAGUUUUUGUCACUCUUGUUUUUGUUUUUUGGGGCUUGGGAUUUUGUUAAGUGAGAGAGAGAGAGAGUGCGUGUGUGUCAGUAAGUGAGGAGCUAGGGUUUGUGAAUGCGCCGACAAUCUUUUCAUAUGGCCUAACUGGAGAAGGGAAGGGGUUUUUUGAGGUUUAAGCUUUCUGGUUGAAUUUUAAGGAAUUCCUUCUGUUGGUACCUGGCAAUGGCGAAGAUGCAUUCGUUUCUCUGUUUUGGUAGGAAGGAUGGUCUUCCGGUUGCCACCUUGAUCAGGACCAUAAACGUUGAAUUGAAGAUUGAAUUGGUAAUAAAUUGCACUAUGACCUGCAAAUUAUGAUUUGAAGAAGUGGCUGAGAUCCCUCUCUUGCCACAAAGAAAAUUGUUUUUUCUUGGCGAUUGGAUGUAGGAGCUUGGUUAUGGUGACGAUUGAUAACCAACUGGCAGAGAUAUUAUUACUUUCAAGGUGAUUGUAUUCAUGGUUCAGUGGACAGACAUGAGCCUCUGCAAUUCGAGUUUUCUCAAUGUAGCUUGAAUUCCCUCCCUGGUGAUCCUCAUCGAUGAAUAGGAGUUUCAAGCUGCUAUUUCUGUGAUUGUGAUAGAAUUGGGGAGUUUUUGUUGGCUCAUGUGCCUGGGAUGCUUUGGUUAGUGUUCGUCACUGUACCUGGACUGUCUCUCGCUCUCUUUUUAUCUCAUGCUCUCUUAUGUUGGUGUGGAGAACUUAAGGAGAAUGCUGCGGAAAAGCUCCUGGUUCAUGCCUGUAAGAUCUCUAUUUUUAAUUUCAUAUGUAAUUUUUUUAGCAAUUCCCUUAGAUUUAUCAGCAUGAAAAUAAUGGGUUUUUCUGUAUGUAAUGGAUUGUUUGGGGUGCUGCAGUGUGAAUAAAAGACAUCUGUUUCUCUCUUUCCUUUUGGAUCACUCAACAGAUUGUGUCUCGUGUUACUUUUUGGUUAAUGUAAAUAUGAACUUAUUCCA